AUGCAGGCAGUGGGUGAAACGUCCGUGUCAGGAGGAUGGGCUGAAGAUGAAGAUUAUCUACUCGGCGCCCGUUCCUGCGGGGAUGGGGCGACCGUACCACUGAACAUCGCCCAUGUUCACCAGUCUGCGACUACCCAAAGGCGACGGGAGUUCUCUGAAAUAUUUUCUGUUGGUAACUCUAUGAGGAUGCACUCGGACUCUCCCGUUGCAAGUAGCAUUGACACAUGUUUAAUUGGAUCUUCAGGAGAGGAACGUCUUUCUCCCACUGUGGCAGACGAUCAACGUGUUUUGGAAUGCUUAGCUUCUAUUGCAUACCUAGUGGGGUCACCACUUCAGCGCUCACAACCCACAGCCGCAGAACCAGUGCAAAAGGCGUUAUGCGUUGUGAGAAAACUGCUUCAGCGCGGCGUUAACCCGGAGCAGAUAAUUAACGUAAUUGAGUCCCGGGACGGAGUGGGGGGGGGGUAA